AUCUUCUGUGUUCUGCACUUCAGGAGCAGCUCACGCACGGUCUGAAACAGCCUUCACUACCCACUUUAUUAAUGGCUCCCUACACACUCACGUACUUUCCAGUCAAAGGCAGAUGUGGUGCCUUGAAGAUGAUGCUGGCGGACAAUGGGCAGCAGCUGAAGGAGAAUGUGGUGUCCAUAGAGGAGUGGAUGAAGGGUGAUCUGAAAGGCAGCUGUCUCUUUGGACAGUUGCCUAAAUUUGAAGAUGGUGACCUGGUCCUGUAUCAGUCCAAUGCCAUGUUAAGGCAUUUGGGUCGCAAACAUGGUAACGAUCACUGUUAAUGCAUUAUAAUAAAAUC